ACCCUGUUGUAGUCAUGUGCAACCGGGUCCUCGCAACUGAUCAGCCAAUCGUGAAGAAGAAAAUUGACCUCUUCACAUUGGAGAUAGUCUAAUGGCGCUGCCACAGACGCUGUAAUGGCACAGAUAAAAUAAAUUUGUCCUCUAUCUAGCUCUAUGCUGAUAACUCAUCUAAUAUGCUAGCUACUUCGCUGAAAUAAAAGGGCACAGACACUCAGGUCGUGAGAUGGGAUGUGUGUACUGCUGGAGGAAUAAGGAGCUGAAAGUGGAGCAAAGUAUCCAUUGAAAACACUCAGACGUUUUGCAGAACUGGGAAGAAGUGUUCUCCUGUUGCCAGUAUGUCGGCUGUUCCUGCGGCCGCCCCGACGCUUGUUAAUCCACCGCCACCAGAGUUCUUCAACCCCAACAAGCCUGGCAGGAAAACUAACCAACUACAGUACAUGCAGAAUGUUGUGGUGAAGACUCUAUGGAAACAUCAGUUUGCGUGGCCCUUUUAUACGCCUGUGGAUACCAUCAAAUUAUGUCUUGCUGACUAUCAUAAAGUUAUCAAGAGCCCAAUGGACAUGGGAACAAUAAAGAAGAGGCUAGAGAAUAACUACUAUUGGAGCGCCAGUGAGUGCAUGCAGGACUUCAACACAAUGUUUACCAACUGUUACAUCUACAACAAGCCUACAGAUGACAUUGUGCUGAUGGCCCAAGCUCUGGAGAAAAUCUUCUUACAGAAAGUGGCUCAAAUGCCUCAGGAGGAGGUGGAGCUGCUACCACCGGCCCCCAAAGUUAAAGCUGCCCACAAACCAGGAGGGCCUAUUAGUGCAGGCAGCCAAGCAGAGGCUGAGUCAACAGAUUCACCCCCAUCCACUUAUCCCAGCUCCCCUCCACCUGUGUGUCAGACUCCUGUCAGAGCAGCCACGCCAGUGCCAACCAUCAUCUCUGUUAUCCCUGUCCAAGCUGUGUCUCCCGCUGCCUCCAUGAUGGCUGUGGUUCCCACAGCACAGCCAGUCAUCAAAAAAAAGGGGGUGAAGCGGAAAGCAGACACAACAACUCCCACAACCUCAGCAAUCUCGGCCAGUAGAAGUGACUCCCCUACCCAGCUCCUGGAAUCCCAACAGGGGAAAGUCUCAUCCAGGCGGGAGAGCACGGUGCGACCCCUAAAGCCCCCCAAGAAGGGCACCGAGGACAGAGAGGUGCCACUGCUCGGUGGCAAGAAAGGCAAGCUCGGCGAGCAGCUCAAGCACUGCGACUUCAUCCUGAAGGAGAUGCUCUCCAAGAAGCACGCAGCCUACGCUUGGCCUUUCUAUAAGCCUGUAGAUGCGGAGGCGCUAGAACUGCAUGACUACCAUGAGAUCAUCAAGCACCCCAUGGACCUCAGCACUGUCAAAAAAAAAAUGGACAGUCAAGAUUACCAAGAUGCCCAAAGCUUUGCGACAGACGUCCGGUUAAUGUUCUCAAAUUGCUACAAGUACAACCCCCCCGACCACGAGGUUGUAGCCAUGGCCAGGAAGCUACAGGAUGUGUUUGAGAUGCGAUUUGCCAAGAUGCCGGACGAGCCCAUCGACGCCACCCAGCCCUCCACCACGCCGGUGGUAAGCAAGAGUACAGAGAGCAGUGAGAACAGCGGCAACACCUCCAGCUCGGAGAGCUCGGACUCAGAGGAGGAGCGGGCCACGCGGCUCGCCGAACUGCAGGAACAGGUGGGUUCGGAACAGCAAAUCACUGUGGAGCACCCCAAUGGUAACAGGGCGGGGAAAAAAAACGGGUGUGCCAAACGUUUUCAGCUGAAGGCCGUUCACGAACAGCUGGCUGUUCUGUCACAGGCCCCAGUAAGUAAACCAAAGAAAAGGGAAAAAGAUAAGAAGAAAGAGAAGGACAAGGGGAAGGCUGAUGACAAGAAGAAACCCAAGUUGGCACCCCAAGCCAAGCCAGCUAAUCAGAAGAAGGCUCCAGCCCGGAAACCAAACAGCAUGGUUGUGGCUACCAGGCAACCGAAGAAAGGGUCCAAGGUGGUGGUGGCGAACAACGAGUCAGAAGAGGAGACAUCCCUUCCCAUGUCGUACGACGAGAAGCGCCAGCUCAGCCUUGACAUCAACCGUCUUCCGGGUGAGAAGUUGGGCAGGGUGGUCCACAUCAUCCAGUCCCGGGAGCCAUCGUUGCGUGACUCCAAUCCAGACGAGAUAGAGAUAGACUUUGAGACACUCAAACCCUCAACCCUUCGUGAGCUCGAACGAUACGUCAAGUCCUGUUUGCAGAAAAAGCAGCGGAAACUUUUACCGGGCAUUGAGGAAAACAGUGCCAAUUCUAAGGAAGAACUGGUUCAGGAAAAGAAGAAAGAGUUAGAAAAGAGACUACGGGAUGUGAGUGGACAACUGAACCACAACAAGAAACCGCCUGAAAAAGAGAAGGCAGGCUCGGCGCCAGCAGGGGGCGCCUCUCGGCUGAGCGGCAGCAGCAGCUCCUCUGACUCUGGCAGCAGCAGCUCCAGUGGCUCCAGCUCAGAAAGCAGUGACUCCGAUUGAUCAGAGAAAGACCCCCAUACCCUGAGUCUCUCUCUCACCUUAGGUAAUUUACGCUCCUUUUUAGCUAGUAGAGUACUCUUUUUUUCUUCCCCUGGAUUACUUUUAUAAGAUAAUGAAGACUUUCGAUGACUGAAGAUAUUGAUCAUGUUUUGUAUUUAGAAAUGCCUUUAGAGACAAAGUAUGAAACGUGUAAGAAGAUAUAGCUGACUGAACAUAGUCAGGGUUUGUUUUUGCUGGCCCUCAAAGGGAAAUGCCUGGUAUCACCAGAACCACAUGUUAGUUAUUUUAAUUGAAGAGAAAAAAGAUUUCUGCUUUACAUGGGUGCUUGUAGCUGAAUCAACUUUGAAAGACUGUUAUACCAGUAGGAAAUCUUCAAAAACACUAAGAUUGAUUUUGGUUUGGACAACAUUGUCUCAAGGGACAAAUACGGUCUUUCUCUUCCUGGGAUGGCUGUUGCCUGUAGUUUGACCUUUGCCACCUCACAACAUUCCAUUACAUUUUGUUUUACUUUAUGUAUACAGCUAUAUUGAAGAAAUUAAGAUAAUUGUUAUUUUUAUGAUCAUAAAUCUCAUUUCCAUUGACAAUGUAAAACAAAUGGUUACUAGUCAUCUAUCGCAAAGAAUUUAUUUUUGUUAUCAAUCUUCCAUGCUCCAAUCAGUAUUUAAAUCUGUUAUGUCUCAAGGGUCUGUUGAAAUAUAGUUGUGGGUUAACACUAGACUGCAGUUGAAUAGAACAUUGACUUAAUCAUGGCCCUAUCUGUAUUUCCUGAGGAUAUUUUAUAUCCACAUUUGUGGCAAAGUAAAGUUGCUAUUCGAACACCUUUUGCUGAUUGUCUAAUUAUCAUUUUUGUGUCUUAUUUUCUUAGCAGUGUUUUGCUUUGAUAUUUUGCAUCAAGAAUGUGGAACAAAUACAAAUGAACUUGUUUGGUUUGAUACUUCCCAAAGUAAUGUAUUACUAGAUGUACUCAUACCUUUAACAUCUACUUCUUAUAAAGAGUUCACCUGAUGAUUUGUCAGGUGAUUUCUUUUAUCAAGCAGUUGAGACUGAGUUUGGAGUUCUAUGAUUUUCUCAAUUUUAUUCGAUAGUUCUUGACACUUCUAUUGUCACUGUCCUUUACAUGUAUCUCUAUGCAGCCAGUGUUUAAUGUUAAAUGCUCCCCUCCUAAGAUGUUUUAACACGCAUCACCAUACUCUUGUGAUUUGUUUCCUGGCCUGUUUGUAUAUUUGGCAUGUGCCAUAUCUGACAACUUUCAUUAUUGAAUGAAAUAACUAUUUCCUUUGUCUGUGUAUGGGCUAGUCUUUCCAUUGAACAUGAUGGUUAUAUUCUAAAUGUAGGUGAAUUAACACUUACAGUAUAGCCUGUUUCUUUUAAGAGUGGCGAGCAAUGGGUUCUCUGUCUCAUCUGGGUAAUCGACUAAACACCAAAUGUAUAAAAACUCAAUUGGUUUACUCAAGACAGAAAAUUAUUUUCUUAACAUUUGAGCAUUGCAAAGACCUCUGUAAACAAAGCUACACUGAACAAAAAUAUAAACACAGCAUGCAACAAUUAACGAUUUUACUGAGUUAAAGUUCAUAUAAGCCUAAUCUAUGGAUUUCACAUGAAUGAGAAUACCAAUAUGCAUCUGUUGGUCACAGAUACCUUAAAGGUAGGGGCGUGGAUCAGAAAACCAGUCAGUUCACCAUUUGCCUUGUGCAGCGCGAAACAUCUCCUUCGCAUAGAGUUGAUUAGGCUGCUAAUUGUGGCCUGUUGAAUGUUGUCCCAUUACUCUAAAAUGGCUGUGCAAAGUUGCUGGAUAUUGGCGGGAACUGGAAUACACUGUCGUACACGUCGAUUCAGAGCAACCAAAACAUGCUCAAUGGGUGACAUGUCUGGUGAUUUUGCAGGCCAUGGAAGAACUGGGACAUGUUCAGCUUUGAAGGAAUUGUGUACAGAUCCUUGCAAAAUGGGGCCGUGCAUUAUCAUGAUGAAACAUGAGGUGAUGGCGGUGGAUGAACGGCAGCAUGCCAGUGGCCAUCUAAGGUGAGCAUUUGCCCACUGAAGUCGGAUACGACGCCAAACUGCAGUCAGGUCAAGACCCUGGUGAGGACGUCGAGCACGCAGAUGAGCUUCCCUUAUACGGUUUCUGACGAAAUUCUUCGGUUGUGCAAACCCACAUUUUCAUCAGGCGGGCUGGAGGAUCCCACAGGUGAAGAAGCCUGAUGUGGAGGUCCUGGGCUGGCGUGGUUCCUCGUGGUUGUGGUUGUGAGGCCGGUUGGACGUACUGCCAAAUUCUGUAAAACGACGUUGGUAGAGAAAUUAACAUUAAAUUCUCUGGUAACAGCUCUGGUGGACAUUCCUGCAGUCAGCAGGCCAAUUGCACGCUCCCUCAACUUGAGACAUCUGUGGCAUUGUGUGACAAAACUGCACAUUUUAGACUGACGUUUUAUUGUCCCCAGCACAAGGUGCACCUGUGUAAUGAUCAUGCUGUUUAAUCAGCUUCUUAAUAUGCCACAUCUGUCAGGUAGAUGGAUUGUCUUGGCAAAGGAAAAAUGCCCACUAACAAGGAUGUAAACAAAUUUGAUAGAAGUAAGCUUUUUGUGCAUCUUUUAUUUCAGCUCAUGAAACAUGGGACCAACACUUUACAUGUUGCAUUUAUAUUUUUGUUCAGUAUAGUUAAGUGUCCUAAUAAACAAUGUAGUCCAAAUUCAGAAUAAUGUAUUCAAACUGCUUGUUUACCAUUUUACAAAUACACCUGUUGUGACUGGGUUUUUACUAUUAUGUAUGUGAGGUGGUAAAUGUAUUUUCGAUCGAUUUAGAGAUAAUUUACAAUGGCAGUUCAUGAAUCUGAGAUCAUUAAAUUAGUUGCUAGUAGUGGUGAUAUUUUUUACUUUUAUCAGCUAAAUUCUCAUUAACACUGAUUCAGACAACCUCGUACAUUAAAACAUUUAAAAACAGCUUGGUGUGCCUGAGUGAUGUCAUACAAGUUGAGACAAGUAUAUACAGUGCCUUCAGAAAGUAUUCACGCCCCUUGACUUUUUCCACAUUUUGUGUUACAGCCUGAAAUUAAAAUUGAUUAAAUUGAGAUUGUGUGUAGGCCAGUGACAAUACCCCAUAAUGUCAAUGUGGAAUUAUGUUUUUACAAAUUAAUUAAGUGAAAACUGAAAUGUCUUGAGUCAAUAAGUAUUCAACCCCUUUUGUUAUGAGAAGCCUAAAUAAGUUAAGGAGUAAAAAUGUGCUUAACAAGAUUUUUGAAUGAGUACCUCAUCUCUGUAGCCCACACAUACACAUAAUUGUAAGGUCCCUCAGUAAAGCAGUGAAUUUCAAACACAGAUUCAACCACAAAGACUAGGGAGGUUUUCCAAUGCCUCGCAAAGAAUGGCACCUAUUGGAAGAAGCAGACACUGAAUAUCCCUUUUGAGCAUGGUGAAGUUAUUAAUUACACUGGCUCAAUACACCCAGUCACUACAAAGUUACAGGCGUACUUUCUAAGUCAGUUGCCAGAGAGGAAGGAAACCGCUCAGCGAUUUCACCAUGAUGGUGACUUUAAAACAGUUACACCGUUUAAUAGUUGUGAUAGGAGGAAACUGAGGAUGGAUCAACAACUAACCUAAAUGACAGUGAAAAUGAAGCUUGUACAGAAUAAAAAAAAUCCAAAACAUGCAUCCUGUUUGAAAUGAAACACUAAAUUAAAACUGCAAAAGAUUUGGCAAAUAAAUUAACUUUAUGUCCUGAAUACAAAGAGUUAUGUUUGGGGCAAAUUCAACAACACGUCACUGAGUAUCACUAUCAAGCAUGGUGGUGGCUGCAUCAUGUUUUGGGUAUGCUUGCCAUCGGCAAGGACUAGGGAGUUUUUUAGGCUAAAAAGACACUGAAUAGAGCUAAGCGCAGGCAAAAUCCUAGAGGAAAACCUGGUUCAGUCUGCUUUCCAAUAGACACCGGGAGACAUUCACCUUUCAGCAGGAUAAUAACCUAAAACACAAGACUAAAUAUACUCUGGAGUUGCUUACGAAGACGACAUUGAAAGUUCCUCAGUGCCUAGUUACAGGUUAGAUUUAAAUCAUCUUAAAUCUAUGGCAGACUUGAAUGGCUGUCUAGCAAUGAUCAACAACUGAAUGAGCAAAUAUUGUACAAUCCAGGUGUCCAAAGCUAUUAGACUUACCCAGAAAAACUCAGCUGUAAUCACUGCCAAAAUUCUACACUGAACAAAAAUUAUAAAAAUAUAAAAAUGCAACAAUAAAAGUAAACAAUAGUUAGUUCCUAUAAAGACAUCUAUUGAAAUAAAUUCAUUAUGCCCUAAUCUAUGGAUUUCACAUGACUGGGAAUACAGAUAUGCAUCUGUUGGUCAUAGUUUUUAUUUUUUUAAAGUAGGUGCGUGGAUCAGAAAACCAGUCAGUAUUGUAAGUCGCUCUGGAUAAGAGCGUCUGCUAAAUGACUUAAAUGUAAAUGUAAAUGUAUCUGGUGUGACCAUCAUUUGCCUCAUGCAGCACGACACGUCCUUCGCAUAGAGUUGAUCAGGCUGCUGAUUGUGGCCUGUGGAAUGUUGUCCCACUCCUCUUCAAUGGCUGUGCGAAGUUAAUGGAUAUUGGCAGGAACUGGAACACGCUGUCGAACACGUCGAUCCAGAGCAUCCCAAACAUGCUCAACGGGUGCCAUUUGAGUAUGUAGGCCAUGGAAGAACGAUGACAUCAGCAAUCCGCUCGCCCACACGCCACAAUACACACUGUCUGCCCGGUACAGUUGAAAUGGGGAUUCAUCUGUGGCCUCCCCUCCUAUUAACUUCUCUUAUCCCCUCACUCCGCCAUUGAGUUGUUUGGUAUGUCCCUCACCCUAAUCUCUGAGAUGGUUUCUGGCCUAUGUAAUAUGAUUCCACCUUAUUCCUAUAUUGUCCAUUUGCUUGUUUGAUGACUCUGCCGAGGUCUUAGCGGGACUUCUUGUACUUAUUCCUGUCCUCAGCCAUAGACGGGGUUGUCUACGUUAGCUCCGUGUGCAGUAGCCCUGUCCUUUAGUUUAGUGCCAAUCUCUGUAUUAAUCCUUGGCUUUUGAUUGGGGAAGCAGCGAACCCUCACAGUGGGGACGUCGCCAAUGCAUUUUCAAAAAAAGCCAAUGUUAUCACCGGAGUCUCUAAACAUAUUCCAAUCAGUGGUGGCAAAGGAGUCCUGUAGCAUCUCUGAUUCUGGUGACCAUUUCUCAAUAGAGCGAGUCACAGGUACUUCCUGUUUUGAGUUUCUGCUUGUAAACAGGAAGCAGGACUACGGAGUCAUUUACCAAAUGGCGGACGAGGGAGGGGCUUGUAUGCUUGUUUGCUGGUAGAAUAACAGUGAUCUAGGACUUUAUCGCCCCUUGUGGCGUUGGAGACGUGUUGAUGGAAGUUGGGCAUCACGUGUCUUAGUGACUGGGAAUUAAAAUCGCCGGCAACCAGAAAAGCAGCCUCAAUGUAGGUUUUCUUGCUUGAUUAUAGCCUUGUACAAUUCGUUAAGUGCCAGCUUGUUUUUCUUGUCCUGGGGUGGAAUGUAUACAACAGUCACACUAACAGCUGAAAACUCCCUCAGGAGGUAGAAGGGUUGGCAUUUGACCAUCAGGUAUUCCAAGACAGGUGAAUAGUGGGUCGGCACUUCAACCGCACUGGAGUUAGAACACCAGUUGAUUUAGAGGCAAAAGAUGUAGAGGAACUGACCCUGUACCGUGCCUUCGGAAAGUAUUCAAACCCCUUGACUUUUUCCACAUUUUGUUACGUUACAGCCAUAUCAUUAUUUCCUCUAAUCUACACACAAUACACCAUGACGAAGCGAAAACAGGUCUAGACAUAUGUUGCGUUUAUUUUUGUUCAGUAUAACAUGUAUUUACUCGGGGUUGAAUAUUUACCUAACCAAGAGUUUUUUUACAAAAACAUUUUUUUACAAAAAAUCCACUUUGACAUGUGUAGAUCGUUGACAGAAAAUGAUUAAUUUCAAUAUCCCUUUAACAACAAAAUGUGGCAAAAGUCUAUGGGUGUGAAUACUUUCUAAAGUGUUUUCACCAUCUUCACUGAUUUGUUCCUUUUAAUUCUUGGUCAUAGGUCAUUUUUAUUUCAAAACAUUAUUUGCAUAUCCUCCUGCUGCAACUUUCUUAAAUAUUUUGAGCACAGUAUAGUAACUUCUGUAGACAUGUCUUUGAGAAAUGUAAGAUUCAUGUUGUUUUAAGGGUGAAAUUACAUGGGGAUGCAGGGCAAACAAAGUAAAUAUUUGAUGUAAUUAUUUACAUGGGAUCCCUUAUUUUCUGAGUUCCUUUGUUUUCAUUAAUAAACUACAAACAUACAA